AUUUAUGUAGGUUGGAAUGUAAAUAAAUAUUGAAUGCAUUGACGAGGGAACAAAAAGAUUAGUACGUACUAAUUGUUCAGGCCGUGCUCAUAGGUUGUCAGGCACGGCGGGGAGUUGUCAGGUUUCCUUUUACCGUGCACGUUUCGUCUACACGAUGUCGACAGUAAAGAGAUCGUCUGUGACGUUGAAAGACGUUGACCAACAUAAGUUUGUCAAGGAGUUCGCCAAGUUUCUUAAAAAAUCUGGCAAGUUGAAAGUUCCCGAAUGGGUCGAUCUUGUCAAAAAUGGCAAACAUAAGGAACUUGCUCCUUACGACCGUGACUGGUAUUACGUGAGAUGCUCGGCCCUCCUUCGCCAUAUUUACAUCCGUUCACCAGUGGGAGUUGGCGCUGUCACGAAAAUCUUCGGCGGCCGUAAGCGUAAUGGUGUUUGCCCUUCUCAUUACUGCAGAAGUUCCGGCAGUGUGGCCAGGAAAGCUCUUCAGUCCCUUGAAGAUUUGAAACUCAUCGAGAGAGUUGGCGAUGAAGGUAGGAAGAUAACUUCCCACGGUCGUAGAGAUGUCGAUAGAAUCGCUGCCCAAGUCAAGCGAAAGAAGAAGGAGAAGAUGCUCGACCUUGGCCUCACUGCAGCAGGAAGUGGCACUGUUGUAUUGCCCACUGUGGCUUCAGCUUGAAUAUUUUUACUUUAAAUAAAAAUUCCAAAAAAACUUA